AUGGCAGCCAACGCCCAUUCGCCUCGUCUAAGCCUCCACCGCCGCGGGUCGGUAGACCAGCUGUUUGAGCUGGUAGAGGGCCUCGACGACACGCAGAUUCACUCCCUUCUCGAAGAAUUCAACAACACCGUCACCAGUAACGUCCCCGUCUCGCACGGCAUCGACCUGUUUGAGCAUCCGGCGCCCAUCACCAAGUCGAAGACGACACCUGCGCGAUCCAACUCGAUUCGAAAGUCGUUCAACAAGCUCCCGCGGUUGUUUACGCGUACGCCGAGCAAGAGAACCGUUUCGGCACCGAUAGCACGCCCAAAGACCGGAUUGCCACCGACUGCGAAACACUACAGACGAAUCAGUCGACCUGUGCUGCCGACGUUGUCGAAUGGACCAGACUUGGAUGCUCUGCUUUCGGCAUACCUCUCGCCUGCUCCGCCGUCUUUGUCCUCUCCCAAGACCAUCUCCCCAUCAAGAUCGAUAUCCAGCAGCUCUACCCUGAGCCUCGAGACGGAAGAUUCGGGCGUAGAUUUACUGGCACCUUUGGUCUUUGGCCGACCUCAGAGGGAAGCAAGUCCCAUGGGAGAUAUCAUGGAGGUCCUGUCAUUCUAA